AUGCGGGAGCGGGAGCUGCGGUGUGUGGGCAGGAGAGUGCUACUGCUUGGCGUUUUCCUGCUGCUGUCUCUGUGGGGGCAGCUGAGCCUGGCCUCCUCACACCGGAGCCACACUGUACAUGUCAAGGCAGGAACCUGUGAGGUCAUAGCAGCACACCGUUGUUGUAACAAGAAUAAAAUCGAAGAGCGUUCUCAAACUGUCAAGUGCUCCUGCUUUCCCGGACAAGUCGCCGGCACCACCAGAGCAGCCCCCUCCUGUGUGGAUGCAUCUAUAGUCGCACAGAAGUGGUGGUGCCAGAUGCAGCCCUGUAUGGAGGGUGAGGAAUGUAAGGUGUUGCCAGAUCUUAAAGGUUGGAGCUGCAGCACUGGGAACAAAGUCAAGACGACCAGGGUCACACGGUAGUCUGGGAUAAGGAUAUCUGGGACUCUUCAUCUUGUACUUAGAUCAUUUUAUGGAAAUGCAGGAAGCAGGACUUGAAGACUGCUUGAGGACAGUGGAAAUUAUGUAUUUGGAUUUCGGUGGAAUACCGAUAUCCUUAUAAAUGGAAACUCUCAAACAGAACUUUGCUUUCUUUGGCAGCCUUCCAAACCUCCAUCCAUGUUUUAUAACUACUGGAAAAGAACUUACAUCGUGUAAAAUUUCGUGUUCACCAAAAUCUUGACAUACUGACAGUAAAACAAGAAAUGAAUCCAGAGAUGCUGUGCCACUCUGCAGAACUAUGAAUGACCUUUUCUUUUUUCUUUCUUUUUUUUUUGAGACUACAUCAGACUUGAAAUGUUCAUUAACUAUUCGAAGUGUAUAUGUCCCAGAGCCAUU